GCAGCUGGAAGAAGAUGGAAACCUUCUACUUUGGAACGGCUUCAUUCCUGGGCCGCCAUAGUGUGUCCAGCGGGUCUUGUGAAGAGAACUUCUAAGCGUCUCAGCUUCCUCUCUGUGACAUCUCCGUUCUACAGGCUGAGGCGACCCCGGGAACCCCAGAAGGAGGGCAAUGGAGUCGGUGACCUUUGAGGAUGUGGCUGUGAACUUCACCCUGGAGGAGUGGGCUCUGCUAGAUCCUUCCCAGAAAAAGCUCUUCAGAGAUGUGAUGCAGGAAACCUUCUGGAACCUGACCACUAUAGGAAAACACUGGAAAAAUCAGGCCAUCGAUGAUCACUAUAUUUCCUGGAGAAAUCUAAGAAUUCAAGUGAUUGAGAGACUCUGGGAACAGAAAGAAGAUAAUCAAUAUGGAGAAAUAUUCAGCCAAAUCUUAGAUCCUCUUAUAAACAAGAGAAGUUCUUCUGGAGUAAAACCAAGUGAACACCAUGUGUGUGGAGAUGUCCUCGUUGCAGAUUCAUCCCUAGCCAUGCCCCAGACAGCUCAUAUUAGACACAAAGCACAUGGGUAUCUGGAACAUGGAGGGAAGCCAUAUGAAUAUAAGGAACAUGGGAAAGCCUUCCAUGAUCCCCAAUGUUUUCAGAAGCAUGAAAGAACUCUCACAGCAGAGAAACCCCAUGUGUGUAAGCACUGUGGAAAAGCAUUUAGUUCUUCUAGGUACAUUAAAGUUCAUGAACGAAUUCACAGUGGAGAGAAACCUUAUAAAUGCAAACAAUGUGGCAAAGCCUUUCGUUUUCCCAGUUCCCUUAAAAUUCAUGAACAGAUUCACAGUGGAAAGAAACCCUAUGUGUGUAAGCAAUGUGGAAAAGCCUUUAGCACUUCCAGAUACAUGAAAACACAUGAAAAAAUUCACAGUGGAAAGAAACCCUGUGUAUGUAAGCACUGUGGAAAAGCCUUUAGUUCUUCCUAUUAUAUUAAAAUCCAUGAACGAAUUCACAGUGGAGAGAAACCCUGUGUAUGUAAGCAAUGUGGAAAAGCCUUUAGUUCUUCCUAUCGCCUUAAAAUCCAUGAACAAGUUCACCUUGGAGAGAAACCCUGUGUAUGUAAACAAUGUGGAAAAGCCUUUAGUUCUUCCUAUUACAUAAAAAUCCAUGAACAAAUUCACAGUGGAGAGAAACCCUAUGUUUGUAAACAAUGUGGGAAAGCUUUUCAUUUACAUAGAUCCCUUCAAAGACAUGAAAUAACGCACACUAGAAGGAAACCCUAUGUUUGUAAGCAAUGUGGGAAACAAUUUAUUUCCUCCAGCUCCAUUAGAAAACAUGAACGAAUUCACAGUGGAGAGAAGCCUUAUACAUGUAAACAAUGUGGGAAAGCCUUUCCUUUUCUCAGUUCUCUUCAAAUGCAUGAACAAAUUCACAGUGGAAUAAAACCAUAUGUAUGUAAGCAAUGUGGAAAAGGCUUUAAUUCUUCUAACCAUAUGAAAACACAUGAACGCAUUCAUAGUGAAGAGAAACCUUAUACAUGCAAACAAUGUGGGAAAGCUUUUCAUUUCCCCAGAUCCCUUCAAAUACAUGAAAUAACCCACAAUGGAGAGAAACCCUUUGUAUGUAAGCAGUGUGGAAAGGGCUUUAGUUCUUCCAGCUCCAUUAGAAAACAUGAACAGAUUCACAGUGGAGAGAAGCCCUGUGUAUGUAGGCAAUGUGGAAAAGCCUUUAGUUCUUUCUAUUACAUUAAAAUCCAUGAACGAAUUCACAGUGGAGAGAAACCUUAUAAAUGCAAUCAAUGUGGGAAAGCCUUUCAUUUUCCAAAUUCCCUUCAAAUUCAUGAACAAAUUCACAGCGGAAAGAAACCUUAUGUAUGUAAGAAAUGUGGAAAAGCCUUUAGUUCUUCCAGCUCCAUUAGAAAACAUGAACGACUUCACAGUGGAGAGAAACCCUAUAUAUGUAAGCAAUGUGGAAAAGGCUUUAGUACUUCUAGAUGCAUGAAAACACAUGAACAGAUUCACAGUGGAGAAAAACCCUGUGUAUGUAAGCACUGUGGAAAAGCCUUUAGUUCUACCUAUUAUAUUAAAAUCCAUGAACGAAUUCACAGUGGAGAGAAACCUUAUGAAUGCAAGCAAUGUGGAAAAGCCUUUUGUUUUCCCAAUUCCCUUCAAAUCCAUGAACAGAUUCAUAGUGGAAAGAAACCCUACAUAUGUAAACAAUGUGGAAAAACCUUUAGUUCUUCCAGCUCCAUUAGAAAACAUGAACGGAUUCAUAAGGGAUAGAAACCCUAUACAGGUAAACAAUGGGAAACCUUUCAGUCAUUCUGAUGCUAUCAAAAGACGUGAGAAAACACUGGAGAUAAACCCUAUAUGUGUAAGCAAUGUGAAAUAGGCUUUAGUUCUUCUAGCCCCAUCAAAGCACAUGAAUGAAUUCACAGGGAAGAGAAGUCCUAUACAUGUAAACAGUGUGGGAAAACUUUCAUUCAGUCCUGUUCAAUCAGAAGACACGAAAUAAUGUACACCAGAGAAAAACCCUGUGUAUGAAAGCCAUGUGGCAAAGCCUACAGUUAUCCCUGUCCCCUCAAACAACAUUAAAGAAUUCACAGUGAAAUGAAAACAUGCAUGAGAGCAGUGUGGGAAAUCCUCCAGUGAUUCCUCCACACAGAAAGAAUGCACACUGGAGAGAAACCGUGUGUGUGUGAAGAAAGCAGUGAAGCCUUCACUCCCUCCAGUUACCUUCUCAAACAUCAAGGAUUCACUUUUGAGAGAAACUCCAUGAGUGUAAACAAAGUGAGAAAGCCUUCACUACAGUUCUGUGUGUGUGUGUGUGUGUGGUGCUGGGGAUUGAACCCAAGGCCUUCUAUAUGCAAGGCAAGCACUCUACCAACUGAGCUAUAUCCCCAGCCCCUCACAGUUCCCUUUGAUACCAUGAAACAAUUCACACGGAGGAGAAACCUUAAUGAUAUCAGCAAUGUAAAACCGUCUUUUUCUCAGAUUGCUUCAACUACACGGAAGAACACACUGGAGAGUAACUGUGAAUAUAGAGAAGUGGGAAUAAACUUUGUUGCAAACAUGAGAAUACAGGUGCAAUAACUUUUAUUAUUGCAAAGGAUAUGGGAAUGCUUGUCAUCUUGGUUCAGGAUACUCCUAUAAAUGAACACAGUAUGCAGUGGAACCUGCAAUAGAAGUCAUGUUCAAUGAUCUACAUUUGGUUCACAUGUAAGAAGUCACAGUGGAUUAAAACCCUGUGAAUGUGAAAUAUUCUCAGAAGAGAAUUCUCCUGUUGUAAGAUAGUUUCAGAGGCCUCUGAAAAUUCUUCAUGUAGCAGAAUUCUAUAUGUGCAAUUGAUAUGAAGAACUUGGUGCAAAAUAAUUAGUUUAGAAGUCUCCAGAAACUGUACUACCUAGAGAUUUCCCAAAACUUAUAUUAUUUUGACCAGUAAUUCAUUCUUAAAGUAAUUUAUGCACUGUGUGUUUCUAAUCUGGAUUCUUUGAAAUAAAGAUUGAGGUGAAACAUUUCUGAGUUUUGUUUAGGUAGGCUGUACUAUCUGAGUUUAAUAGGUACUAUAUUUUGAAUCAAAUCUGGUAGUAUGUCUUCUAACAUUUUGAAGCAUGUUGGCUCCAAAGCAAUUUGAUAUGUAUUUCUAAUAUGCCAUUAGACUUCAUUUAUAUGUAGUUUUUUUUUGGGGGGGGCGGGUAGCAAAUGUAAUAGUGUCUUUUUUUAUUAAAUUACUUAUUCUAAUUUAUUAUACAUUAUGGCAGAAUACAAUUCAUUUUAUAUUACAAUUUGUAAUUUUAUAUAUACAGGUACACGUAUACUUGUGUAUGUUUCUUCUCAGGGGAAAAUGACAUUUUUACAUGGAUUUUAUAUUUUUCACAGUUUGGCAUAUUUUUUUCCAUAGUAUUGGCACAUAUGAUUACACAUAAUGGUGAAAUUCAUUUUUACAUAUUUGUAUAUGCCCGUGAUAUAGCGAAAGAUGUACAUUUCCUUCAAACCAGAUUUUUGUGCAUGCUUUUUUAGAUUUUCUUAAAUGUUUGAAACAAAAUGCACAUUAAUAUACAUUAGCUUUUUCUUUAAGAAUUUUUUUUUGGGUAAAUAUUGAUAAUACUGUGAUAGAGUUCUUCUUUUGUGAUACAGGUCUGAGAAGAAUGAAAUUCAUUUUCAGUGGGAUAGCAAUUCUCUUCAAUUGUAAUUUCAACUUAGACUUCCCUAUUGAAUUAAUUAUAGCUAUCAUCUGUACAAUAUUUCUUACAGUUCAAGGGCAGGAAAAUCAGAUUGCCAUGUUGUUGAGAGCCACAGCCGAAGGGGCCCCAGCAAACUUUCAGACUGCCAGCUGAUGAUUGGCUCACAGCGGCCCCAGCAACUUCUAGCUGAUUGGCUCCUCUGUGGUGAUGCUCAUUGGGCUGUUUCCCUGCCCUUUCAGACUACGGAGCUGCUCAUUGGGGGACUUUUUUGGCUCCGCCCACACGACCCAGCCAAUUGGCCUCAGGAGCAGGAGGAGUGCGGGAGGUUGAGAGGCUUGUGGGAAGCCGGUGGUGGCAGUUGGGCUCUGAAGCCAUUAUUGCCAGAAUUCCUAUCUUCAUCCCAGUGCCAGUGAAGACAAAGAUAAAACCAAUCUACAGCUUCUGCAAUAGCCAUUACUGAACUGCUUGCAGAACUUGCCUGGACUAUGUAUCACUUGUAUGCAUUGUGAACUCACCUGUAUGCAUUGUGAACUAUCUGUUGGUGCAGCGACUUGUGGUAAUGUUGGGGUAUUUUUGCUGAUGAUGUCAUCGGUGGUACAAUUUUUCCAAAAGGAGCUGUCAAUUGGCUUGGUGUAUCUUCCUCCCUUCUGCUUGUCAUGAUCGUUCAGCUAAAAUUUGGGGGCCAACAGAGGUGAGGCAAAGAACCUCACCCCCCCCCCCGCUGGUACAAAGACCUAUCCACAGGUGUGGCUGUAUACUGGACCGGUAGUCAGUGACGGGUAAGAUCCAAUUGCAAUGGUACCAACCUAAGACAGGAGGCUGACGCCUUGAGGUCAGCUCAUCCGAUAACGGGUAAGAACCAUAUGUACUAUUGGACAACCUAAGGCAGGCACGGUCCCUAAGCCACAUGCUUGUUGUUUAAACAGAGAGGGGGAGAUUUUGAGAGCCACAGCCGAAGGGGCCCCAGCAAACUUUCAGACUGCCAGCUGAUGAUUGGCUCACAGCGGCCCCAGCAACUUCUAGCUGAUUGGCUCCUCUGCGGUGAUGCUCAUUGGGCAGUUUCCCCGCCCUUUCAGACUACGGAGCUGCUCAUUGGGGGACUUUUUUUGGCUCCGCCCACGCGACCCAGCCAAUCGGCCUCAAGAGCAGGAGGAGUGGGGGAGGUUGAGAGGCUUGUGGGAAGCCGGUGGUGGCAGUUGGGCUCUGAAGAUAAGUCCUGAGGAGCUGUUUUGUUUGGCAUGUGUGGUUCUAAAAAUAAAGUUCGUUUCUUUUGACAAGUGGCUCCUGAAUUGUGCCCAGCCAGACUGCGGCACCAUGUCAGUCCUACAGACUAAAUGAGACUCCCCCCGUCUUUUUUUUUUUUUUUUUUUUUUUUUGCAGUUCUGCUUGCAGUUCUGCAUGUUGAACCCAAGGCCUCACAGUUUCUAAGUACAUCCUCUACAAUUGAGGUAUAAUCCCCAGCCCCACUUAUUUUAUUUUGAUAAAGGGUCUCAAUUGCCCAGGCUAAUGUCUAGUUUGCAGUCCUCCUGCCUUAGCCUCCUAGGAAACGGUGAGCCAACCCUAGCCCAAAACAGGUUCUUUCUAAAGCUCAGGGACUUAUCUGCCACAGCCUUGGAGAUUCCCAACUUACAUGAGCCAUUCACCUGGCAUGUAGCUGAGAGACAAGGUGUGGCAUGAGUCUUCACUCAAAAACUGAGGUAUAUUCCUCAAUCUGUGGCUUACUUUUCUAAACAGUUGGAUUCCAUGUCCUGUGCAUGGCCCAGACACCUAGGGGCUUGGUGGCCACAGCCCUUUUGGUGGAGGAGGCCACCAAAUUAACCCUAGGACACUUACUAGCCACCAAGCUCAGUGUCCUUGAAAUUAAAAGACAUCAAUAUCAGCCAGCAGAAGAUGUCUGGUGGAUUAAGUAGGGAGAUCAAUGGCUAACUGGAAGGUGACUGACCAGGCUCCAACUCCAAGCCUCAUACUGUAAUCCCCUGAAGUCACUCCUAAAAUUUGCCCAACUCUAAACCUGGCAACCAUGCUUCCUAAAAGCUCAUAGAAGGGAACACACACACACAAGAAUGGAUGCAGACCUCAUGGACCAGUGAUGCUCUAUUAAGUACUAGAGGGGCAAACUUCAUUGGAAAUGGUGGUGGGCCACCAUGAGGGUCUGGCUUUUAUUUAUUUUUUUUUUGGGGGGGGGGAUUGGUUUAUUUCACUUAGCAUGAUGUUUCUCCAACUCCAUCCAUUUACCUGCAAAUGCCAUAAUUUUAUUCUCUUUCAAUGUUGAGCAAUAUUUCAUUGUGUAUAUGUACCACAGUUUCUUUAUCCAUUCAUCUAUUGAAAGGCAUCUAGGUUGCUUCCACAGUUUUGCAAUUGUAAAUUUUGCUGCUAUAAACAUUAAUAUGGCUGUG